GGCUUUCCUAGCGCUGAGCACUCCCACUGCGGGCACCACCCCUUGAUUGACAGAAGCCCAGCGACGGGCGCUCCAGCCUCGCAGGCCUCUUUCUCCCUAGCCAGGGACUCACUGGCCAUAGAGAGGAGACCUCCGCCUGUCUAGCAAGGACAGUUUAUCUUCCCAUCAUCGCCAGCAUCUCUAUGGUUUCAUUUCCGGGUGCGGUGGUGGAGGGGAGGAGAAGGAAGAAGGUACGGUGGCUGCGAGGGCUCGCGCCCUGCUGAAGGCGAGCGGUGGCGGUGGCGGGCCUCGGCAUGGCGGCGCACCUGAAGAAGCGGGUGUAUGAGGAGUUCACUAAGGUCGUCCAGCAGCAGCAGCAUGAGGAGAUCUCUGCAAAGAAGCUGCGGCUGACCAAGCCCAGUAAGUCGGCAGCACUCCAUGUCGAUCUGUGUAAGGCUACUUCGCCGGCAGAUGCUCUGCAAUACCUGCUUCAGUUUGCCAGGAAACCAGUGGAGGCGGAAAGCGUGGAAGGAGUUGUCAGAAUCUUGCUAGAGCAUUAUUACAAGGAGAAUGAUGCAUCUGUGAGGUUAAAGAUUGCUUCCUUGCUGGGUUUGUUAUCAAAGACGGCAGGAUUUUCUCCAGACUGCAUUAUGGAUGAUGCCAUUAACACACUUCAAAAUGAAAAGUCCCACCAAGUUCUUGCUCAGCUGCUGGAUACCCUGUUGGUGAUUGGGAUGAAACUCACAGAGAACCCAGCUGUCAGAAUGAGACUCCUAGAUGUAGCCUGCAAGUAUUUGACAGACUCCUCCCAUGGUGUCAGAAAUAAGUGCCUCCAGCUGAUUGGCUAUCUUGGAUCUGUGGAAAAAGGAGCCACAAAGGAAACAGAAAGUUUGGUUACCAAAGAUGUCCAGAAGAUAAUAGGGGACCACUUUAAUGACCAGGACCCUCGUGUUAGGAGUGCUGCUAUAAAAGCUAUGCUGCAACUGCAUGAAAGAGGAUUAAAAUUACAGCAGACUAUUUACAGUCAGGCUUGCAAAUUGCUCUCAGAUGAUUAUGAACAGGUACGCAGUGCUGCAGUUCAGUUGAUCUGGGUCCUCAGUCAGCUGUAUCCUGAGAGCAUUGUACCAAUUCCUUCUUCCAAUGAAGAAAUUCGCUUAGUUGAUGAUGCAUUUGGAAAAAUAUGUCACAUGGUUAGUGAUGGCUCCUGGGUUGUUAGAGUGCAAGCUGCUAAGCUGUUGGGAUCUAUGCAGCAAGUUAGUUCCCAUUUCUUGGAGCAGACACUUGAUAAGAAGCUGAUGUCAGAUUUGAGGAGGAAGCGCACUGCACAUGAACGAGCCAAAGAGCUCUACAGCUCUGGAGAGUUUUCAAGUGGCAGAAAAUGGGGAGAUGAUGCGCCUAAAGAAGAAGUAGACACAGGUGCUGUGAACUUGAUUGAAUCAGGAGCUUGUGGGGCUUUUGUUCAUGGCCUGGAAGAUGAAAUGUAUGAGGUUCGAAUUGCUGCAGUCGAGGCCCUGUGUAUGCUGGCUCAGUCUUCACCUUCUUUUGCAGAGAAGUGUCUUGAUUUUCUAGUAGAUAUGUUUAAUGAUGAGAUUGAAGAGGUGAGAUUACAGUCGAUACACACGAUGAGAAAAAUCUCUAACAAUAUUACGUUGCGAGAGGACCAGCUCGAUACUGUGCUAGCUGUGUUGGAGGAUUCCUCCCGAGACAUCAGGGAAGCACUUCAUGAACUACUGUGUUGCACCAAUGUCUCAACUAAAGAAGGCAUCCAUCUUGCACUGGUAGAGCUGCUGAAAAACCUAACCAAAUAUCCUACUGACAGAGAGUCCAUAUGGAAGUGCUUAAAGUUCCUGGGAAGUAGGCAUCCUACUCUGGUGCUUCCACUGGUCCCAGAGCUGCUGAGUACACAUCCUUUUUUCGACACCCCUGAGCCUGACAUGGAUGACCCAGCCUAUAUUGCAGUUUUGGUUCUUAUUUUUAAUGCUGCCAAAACUUGCCCAACAAUGCCAGCGCUGUUCUCGGAUCAUACUUUCCGACACUAUGCCUAUCUUCGUGACAGUCUUUCUCAUCUUGUCCCUCCAUUGAGAUUGCCAGGUAGAAAACUGGUAUCCUCCCCUGUUUCCCCCAGUGUUACCCCUCAUGAAGAUCCUUCCCAACAGUUCCUGCAGCAGUGUCUUGAGAGAGUUUACAACCUUCAGCACCUUGACCCCCAGAGCACACAAGAGCUGCUGGAAUUCACCAUUCGUGACCUUCAGAGACUUGGAGAACUUCAGUCAGAACUGGCAGGGGUAGCAGACUUCUCUGCAGCUUACCUUCGGUGUCAACUACUCCUCAUCAAGGCCCUCCAGGAAAAACUGUGGAAUGUGGCAGCUCCUCUCUACCUGAAACAGAAUGCUUUGGCAUCAGCUGCUGCAAAACAGAUUAUGGAAGAAACUUACAAAAUGGAGUUUAUGUACAGUGGAGUGGAAAAUAGACAAGUGGUUACUAUUCACCAUAUGAGAUUGCAAGCCAAAGCAUUACAACUUAUAGUGACUGCACGUACUACUAGAGGAGUGGAACCCCUUUUUGGAAUGUGUGAAAAUUUUUUACAGGAAGUGGAUUCUUUUCAGAGAUGUUUUAUUUCUGAACUGCCCCAUAUGCAAGACAGUUUUGUCGAUAAGCUGCUGGACUUAAUGCCUAGACUUGUGACCUCCAAGCCUUCAGAAGCGGUGAAGAUCCUGCAGACAACGUUACGGCAGAGCACCUUCCUUCAUCUUCCUCUCCCAGAACAGAUUCACAAAGCUACCGCAACGAUUAUUGAACCGGCUGGAGAGUCUGAUAACCCUCUAAGGUUUACGUCAGGACUUGUGGUGGCACUGGAUGUUGAUGCAACUCUAGAGCAUGUGCAGGACCCUCAGAGCACAGUGAAAGUUCAGGUAUUAUAUCCAGAUGGACAGGCACAGUUGAUCCAUCCUAAACCAGCUGACUUUCGAAAUCCUGGUCCUGGAAGGCACAGAUUGAUAACUCAGAUUUACCUGUCUCAUACUGCCUGGACAGAGCCGUGUCAGAUUGAAGUGAGGUUAUUACUGGCAUACAACUCCAAUAGGAGCAAGGCAUCCACUAGACUCUCAAAAUCCACCUGGAUUGACAGCAUGGAGGCUGUUCCACCAUCUGAAUAUGGCAUUGAGGGAACCAUACCAUUCAGCAAAUCGGUCAAAGUGUAUAUAAUGCCCAAACCUGCCCGACGGUGAAGUCAAUCACUAAAAGACUUUAUUUGUGGGAUUGUUGGGAUACAUGCAGACAAAUUGCUAUGUUCAAGAUAAUGACUCAGACCAAAACAGUGUUACAGGAGAAAAAAGUACACCAGAAGAAGACAGCUACAAAAUAACAAAUGGCAUCCCCUAUCAAAAUACUGGUUAAUUAUUAUUAUAUGUUCUAGUUUUUGCAGAUGGCUGUGAAUGGUUACAUCAAUUACACAGACACUUCUAAAUCAAACCAACAAAACCAAGACAAUUCCUAAUUAAAAUUAGCAUUUUCUCCAUUCUCACUGGGCAAAAUUCUGCAGUCAUUAGUUUCUAUCUAGGCAAAACACCCCGUGGCUUCUGUGGGUGAUUUUUCUUGAGUGGUAGGUGCAGCUGGCAAAAUUCAUUAUGAAAAUAUACAUAGUAAGGGACAUAGAUAUGUAUUACAGUCUGUGACUGUCAAAUCCAGCAGAAUUUUAGUAAUGUUUUGAAUGUGUAUUUGUGCAUUGGUCCUUGUAUGGGGAGUAAAAAUCCUUCUCUAAAGAACUUCUGUGCCUGGGCAAAAGAUAUAUCUCAAAGUUAAAUGAUUUGGGCUGGCUCAGAUCUUGUGCACGAUAUUGAAGUUAAUGGAAUAGUCUGGGGUAUUCAUCCAUGCCAAGUUUGGUGUGUUGUCUGUUUUAAAACAAAAAAAUCUGCCACAAAUAAUGAGACUUUUUGCAGGCUUAGGUUGGUUACCUAACAGAGUAAUAGCAAUACAUCAUCUGUAAAAUCAGGGACUUCCUUUCCCUAAAACGAUAGGGAGGCCAUAUAUAUUUGCCAGUAACUUAAACUCUUCUUCCCAGCCUCAUUCUGUGUGUCUCCUUAUGAAGAAUGUGUGCAGUGGCACAGGGUUAAGAGUUAACAGCUCUUUUGUUACAGUAUAAUGCAAACUGUCAUUGUAACUUGUGCUGAGCUUACCUUGCUAUAGUUAAGGUUAUUAGCCUCUGCAUCCAUUUGAUAGUCAAAGGAAGUCUAAGAUUUACUUCAGUAAUUGGCCACACUUAAUUGUUAUCAAGCUAGAGUGUGCCUAUCCUUUGAGUAGGUACACAAGUGGUGAGAUCAAAGGCAGAGGGAGAUUUACCUAAGGGGCAGGCACAAUUUGCAGCUUUGCAGUCAAGGAGCCCCAUGCUCUGGGAGGUGUUAUACUUGGAUGCUUCUGUUGGGAAAGUGUCUUUGCGUAUCUUUGUAACACAGGGCUAUGCCUCCUGUGAUUUACUGAAAGCACUUAGCCCAAUAGCUAAAUGUUGCCUGUGUCCAUAAAUUAUUUGUAAAAAUAUGUAUUUGCAGUGAAUUGUUGAGAAUUUUUCACUUGCCUGCAAAUUAGCAUAAAUAUUUUUGCAUAAAACACCCUUUAAAUGUGCUUUUCUACAAUAAAACUGAAAACCCCAAUCUAGCUGGUUUCUGUUUGUUGUAAGAGUGAACAUGUAUUGCUGUAGAGGUUUGUGCUAAUGAUAGGAGAGGUCAUUACUUGUUUAGACUUGAGAUACUGGCAUACUUCAGGAGUUGAGAUUUCUGAAUUAAACCUCAUUUUGUAACAUUAUUGCUCUUACAAAUUGUUUUUAUAUUUCACCUUUAGGGCCCUGGUUUGAAAACAGCCUGCAUCUGUAGCAACAGAGUUACCAUCUAAUGGCUGUAUGGCGACCUAAGUUCAGUUCCCAGCGGACAGGGGUUGAUGCACAUCUCUUAUUAUGAAGCUGUAUCCUGGGCAAAUUCUUGAUGUAUUGAGCUACCUCCUUACAGAUGUUCUUACACUUGUUUUACACUUUGGUAGUAUUUGUAUAGUUUGCCCUCCCAAUAAAAAUGUUUGAUUCAA